AUGAUCGUGCGAGUACGCUCCAAGGACGGCAACUUCCGCUUCGAGCUCCAGCCCACCGAUGACGCCGUCAAGCUCAUCCAACAGGUGCUCGACACCAUGCCCAACGCAGAUCCAGAGUCCCUCACUUUUUCCAAUCAGCCCAGAGGUGGAGAGUUCAAGGCGGACACGCUCAAGGGCAGCACUCUUGGAGAGCUCGGUAUCGGUCAUGGCCACCUGCUCUUCGCCGCGUACACUGAAGCUGCUGCUGCGGUUGCGUCUUCGUCAGCCCCAGAGGCUGCGCCCUCUUCCUCCGCCACGUCGACCUCUGCUCCUAUUCCUUCACACACGGCGAUCACCUCCGCCUCGGGCGCGUCCUCGACCUCUGCCGCAUCUCGGCCAAAAAAACCGUGGGAGACCGCCAAGGAGCACAGCGUAGACACGUACUGGGAGGCCCAGGAGGGCAAGAUCACCCGCAAAAAGGACUCGCAAUUCUGCCGACACGGUCCCAUGGGAAUGUGCGACUACUGCAUGCCCCUCGAGCCCUACGACUCAAAGUACCAGACCGAAAACAACAUCAAGCAUCUCUCCUUCCACGCCUACCUGCGCAAGCAGGACAUCGCCACCAACAAGCCCGCCCAGUCCUUCAUCCCGCCACUCGAAGAGGUCGAUUACACCGUCAAGAAGCCUUGUCCGUCAGCCACCCAUCUCAGCUGGCCCGCAGGCAUUUGCACAAAGUGCCAGCCCUCGGCCAUCACGCUCCAGCGCCAGCCGUACCGCAUGGUCGACCACGUCGAAUUCGCCCACCCCGACCUCAUCGAAAACAUCCUCACCUUCUGGCGCAGCACCGCAACACAGCGCUUCGGCUUUCUUCUUGGCCGCUACGAGGCGUAUCCCGACGUUCCCAUGGGCAUCAAGGCCGUUGUCGAGGCGAUCCACGAGCCGCCGCAGGAGGGAGAGCUUGACGGACUCACCCUCGGCGUGCCCUGGGAGAAGCAGCCUCGCAUCGAGAAGCUCGCCAAGAUGUGCGGCCUCGAGUUUGUCGGCAUGAUCUACUCGGAUCUCAGCCCCGCCGACCCGACCCACAAAGAUUCGUCGCUCGCCGGAAAGGUCAUGUGCAAGCGCCACAAGGACAGCUUCUUCCUCUCGGGCAUCGAGACCAUCUUUGCAGCGCAGCUUCAGCUCGGCAACCCCAACCCGUCUCGCUUCAGCUCCUCGGGCCGCUUCAACUCCAAGUUCGUCACCUGUAUCCUGAGCGGAACCGACGAGGGCGCCAUCGACGUCUCGGCCUACCAGAUCAGCGAACAGGGAAUGGGCAUGGUUCAAGCCGACAUGAUCGAGGCGAGCGUCAACCCCAACAUCAUCCGCGUCAAGCCCAGCGAGGGCGAGAGGUACGUCCCCGAAGUCUUCUACCGCUACACCAACGAGUACAAGAUCGACGUCAAGGAGAGCGCCAAGCCCACCUUCCCCGUCGAGUACCUCAUCGUGAAUGCGACGCACGGCUUCCCCAAUGCGCCCAACCCGACCUUCCUCAGCUCGGCCUUCCCCAUCGAGAACCGACCCGGCCUGCAUGAUCAGGACCUCACCGUAGCCCUCACCAGCAUCGGCAAGAUCGUGGGUCAGAAGGAGUUGUUCCCUAUCGGCGACGGCGUUGAGAGCACCAAGGGCAAGUCUCGGGCCGACGACGACCAGGUGCGCGAGAAGCUCGUGGGCAUCCUGAGCGACUGGCAUCUGCUGGCUUUCCUCGACACCAGCGGCUUCCUGGACCAGGACGACAUGGCGGCGCUGUGCAAGCUCGCCACUGCGCACGAUUCGGGCGCCGCACUCGACGCGCUCCUUCUGCGUCCGGGCUGGCAGACGCUCAUGGCGCUUGCCCGAGAACAUGCGCCGCAAGCAGGCAGCAGUGGCAACAACAAUGCUGCUCCUGCCAAGGAUCCCUUUACUUAUGACGGGGGUAUGGAGUCCGAUGACGAUGUCGGCUUUGACGAUGCCAACGAGGACUUUUACGACGACGGCGAGGGCGACGAUGAUGACGAUGUGCAGAUCUCACACGUGCGUCGCGCGUCGGCACGGAAUGAAGCCGCCGACACGGACGCAGCUACGGCGGCAGCGAUUGCGGCUGCGAGCGCAGAGGACGCGCCCGCGGGCGUCAAGGCGGGUAGGAUACGCAGAGGGGACGUUAUCAAGACGAUGUGGGGGACCAAACUUUCAUGGCUUUUGGUGCUGGGUGCGGUUUCGCACUGGCUGCCCUCGGUGGCUGCGGAUGGUCAACUGCAAGAUCCCAACCUGUACGUGGUGCGCGACUUCAACAUUGUGUUGACGGACAACACCAAGGUCAGUGACCUAGCAUGCUGCAUGGGUCUAUCUGGCGAGAUCAAGUCGGCACCCGAGUAUCAGUGCUUUGACCACCAGGAUCUGCAGAUGGGUACGGCUCCUGGAAGUCGACGCGUCGGCAUCCAGUUCUGCCACCAUCUGCCCGGUUCGGACCCGCAAGCUGCUACCGACGCCUUCAACAACGUCUGCAAGCAAGGUACGGGCGAGGUCAUCCAGACCGACAAGAACUAUUGUCCACAGAUCUGGCCCAACUUCAAGGACGACUACAAGAAGCCUGCCCCACCUGCUCCUGCCGUCGAUCCCAAGCCUGCCCCCGCUCCUACCAUCCCGGAUGCCACGGGCAAGUUGACCAACGACAAGGAUGGCUUCAAGCUGGAGGGCACUUUCAUGUACUCGCUCGUCGAUUACGCCAUCACGCGCAGUUUGGCAUGCUGUAGUGGUGCCACCGCGCCGAUUGUCAAGCCGCAAAAGUACAAGUGCGCCCAACGCAAGGUGGCCAACUCGGUCUUCAUGUCGCAGUGCACCAGCAUGCUUCCCACCAUCACUGGGGCCAAGAAACUCCAAGGCUACUCCACCGUCAAUGGCGAUGCUGGCGCCAUCGUCGAUGACAAGACCAAGAAGCAAUGCAGCGAUAUGUGGACCAAUGCGAUGUCGUACACCUACGGAUUCUGCAAACUCGACUUUGACAUGGCCGCUGACGAUGCCACCACCGCCUUCAAUGCCGACUGCGCAAACAAGGGCGGCCAGUCCAAGCCACCCCACAACGGCAUGUGUCUGUGGAACGUCGACAAUGCCGCCGCAAGCAGCUAG